AUGAGCAGUAAAUAUACAGAAAACAAUAUCCCAGAUUCCUCAUAUGCAAAAGACUCAUAUAUAAGUUCCAAAUCAAAUAAUAAAUUAAUAAAGAAUAAAAACCCAUACGAUGAUUAUUAAAAAUUAGCGUCAAUAGGUCAAGGAGCCUAUGGUUAAGUUAUGUUAAUAAAAAGACGAAAAGAUGGUAAUUUAUUUGCUAUGAAAGUAGUUAGAAAAGAGAAAGUAUGCAAAAACGAGAAAAUAAUAGAAGCUACUUUAUUAGAAAAAAAAAUUUUAAUGAAAAGUAAACACCCUUUUAUAGUUAAAAUGUAUAAAAGUUUUCAAACAGAAAGUAAGUUGUAUAUAAUUAUGGAAUAUAUGCCUUAUGGAGAUUUAUAUUCAGUAUUAUAAAAAGCUAAAAAAUUUGAUGAAAAUACUGCAAGGUUUAUAUUUGCUGAAGUAGUAUUAGGUAUUUAGUAUUUACAUGAAGUACAAAAAUCAAUGUAUAGGGAUUUAAAGCCAGAAAAUAUAUUAAUAGAAGAGAGUGGUCAUAUUAAAUUAUCUGAUUUCGGAUUAGCUAAAGAAUUUAUAAAUAAAGAGGAUAAAGAGAACUCUUUUUUAGGCACACCUUAGUAUUUAGCUCCUGAAAUAGUACUUUAAUAUCCAUACGAUAAAAAUAUAGACUUAUGGACUCUUGGCAUUUUAUUAUAUGAGCUUUUAUGUGGAAAACCACCUUUUGGUGUUGGAGGCUAGAAGACUUUAUAUAGAGAAAUAGCUAUGAAUAAACCAAAAUUUCCUGAUUUCUUUUCGUAAAAUGCCGAAGACUUGAUAAAAUAAUUACUUUAGAGCAUUCCUAACAAAAGAUUAGGUAGUGAAGGGUUUGAAUAGUUAAAAAUGCAUGCUUUUUUCGAAAAAAUAGACUGGGAAAUUAUAUAUACUAAAUAAGUUGAAUCUCCUUUAAAAUAAUAUUUAAGUUUAAAAAAAAUAGAAAAAGAAAUAAGAGAAUAAUCUAUACAUGAAAGUCCUAAAAACACACUUAAUAAAUCACAUUCUAGAUAAUAAUUAUAUGGAAUUUUUCCUAAUUUUACAUAUAAUCCUGGUUCUCUUAUAUUAGAAAAUUGA